CGCUGGAAGCUAAUAAGUAAGGAAAAAAAAUGCUCAUUUCACUCUAGCAGUCCAGAACCGAGGACCCAUUCCUAAUCAGGUGAUGGUUAGCAACAGAUCUUUUUCUUCGUUUUGUCGGAAGCUCCAAAGUCGGAAGUAGAACUUCGGGAAAGUUUUGGUCGGAGAAAAUGGUUAGUUUUUUGGAAAUGGUUGGCAUUUAUGCCUUGGUGAUAUUUUUAUACGAAAGCCUGAGAUCUCCGGCCAGCAUGUUGUGCGGUUGGAUUUUCUCCGAUGGAAAACCGCUGAGUGUGCGCUAUGGAAAAUGGGCAGUGAUUACUGGACCUACGGAUGGAAUUGGAAAACAGUACGCGCUACGGCUUGCUAAGAAAGGGCUAAAUAUAUUCCUACUGGCCCGAUCGGAACAGAAGCUGAAAAGGCUAGCUGAUGAAAUAAAAACGAGCUACGGGGUUGAAGUUCAAUGGAUGGUGACAGAUUUUACCGAGGGCUGGCGGCUGUACGAGUUGAUUGAAAAUGCAAUCAAACAGUUGGAUAUCGGAAUCUUGGUCAACAACGUUGGAAUGAAUGUUCGUCUCCCCAUUCCAUUCGACACUCUGUAUAAAGAGGAAAUGGAGCAGGGUAUAGCCGUUAACAUAACGUCGACCAUGAUGAUGACCCACAUUGUGCUUCCGGGGAUGAAACUUCGAGAGCGUGGGCUAAUCAUCAACGUUUCCUCGGGUGGCGCUCGGGUUCCCUGGGCUUUGGUGAAUCUCUAUGGAUCGACCAAGGCGUUCAUCAACAGUUUUAGCCAGGCAUUGCAGGAAGAGCUUGAGGGAACGGGCGUUGAAGUUCAGCUGGUGAUUCCGAUGUUUGUGGACACAAACAUGAUCGAGGAACACAAGACUAGGACUUUCCAUAAGCUGUUUGCCACUCCGGUCGACCGAUAUGGGAAACACGUGGCGUAUACGAUUGGAACAACUGGAUGGACCACUGGCUAUUGGUAUCAUGGAUUGCAGUACACCUUAACGCGGGUCUUCCCCUUGUUUAUCGCCAUCAAGAUUCAAACCAUGUGGAUGCGAAUGUUGAUCAAACCAAAGCAAUAGCAGCUGUUUCCGUAUGUUGUUUUUUCUACCCUUAUUUAUUCCUUCUUCAUCACUGAAUCAAACCGGUUUGGAAGUGUCGAAAUUGUAACAACGCGAUGUACAAAGCCCAUUGAAUACAAAUGAGAUAUAGAAAUUUCGUUUCGAAUUUCACCUUUAAAUAAUUGUACUUUUCUAGAUAUGGAAACAAAUAAACAUUUUUUUUAUAGAAUUAUACCGUUUA